GAUAUGAAGUUUGUCAUUGGUUCCGUAUCUCCGUUUGCCUGUACAAGUCUGGGGGGUGGUGUGAUCAGACUUAAGACUACCACGGUGCCUGUUCUCGCCUUUUUUAGAAGUGGGGAAAAAAUUCAAGAUAUUGUUUGGCCGCAAACCAUAGAAAUCAAAGGAAGAGUGAAAUGGGGGGUUUUUAAAAAAUUCCUCAAGGAUCUUCGUCACUCUCAAAACCGCUCAGUAAUGGUGAUUUCCCUGUUGUUGAAUGUUGAAUCUUCGAAAAAUGGCUUAGAGGGAAUGAAGCAGCUAUUUAUGACACUGAUGCGGGUUGCAAAUAUGUUAAAAGUGAACAAAAGAAUUGGUUUAGCAACAACAGAAGAUGGUUCAUAUAUUUAUGUAUGUCCUGGACACAAGGACAUAAUAACGGUCCUUGCAAAAUAUGGUUUCUGGAAAGGCGCGUCAACAAUCGAUAGAAACCAAGACUCAUUAAUCGGUUUUGUUGUAAGGGACCGAAAACCACCAGUAAACACAAGUGAGGGAGAGGUAAGUAUUGAGAAAAUACAAGAAAUCGGGGGCACUCACGUGGAAGCACAAGAAGUGAUAUAUGAUAAGCAAUCAUACCCUGUUCAUCCUCUUUGUGCACCAGUAGAUCAUGGCCUAUACUUUCGUCGUCCUCCCCUGGUACUAGCAGAGCAAGGCUCAUAUUGUCCGUAUCCUCCUCCUGGACUACUAGGUCACGACUUCCAUGCUCGGCAUCCUCCUAUUGGACUAUCAGGUCAAGGGUUACAUCCUCAUGCCCCAGAAUGUCAAGGCGUCUUUCAUCAGCUUCCUCCUUGUGCAAGAGGUCAAGGCUUCAUUACCCACUGCGCUCCCAAUUUCGCACUAGAAUACUUCAAGCCAUUAACAGAUCAUGGAAACAACAACGGUUCACAACACAUGAGGCCACCUAGCGGCUCUGCUCCUGGUCAUUUGUGGCAUAGAAUGUCGUGCGCAAGGUCCGGGAAUAAUCUUCCUGGUUUUGAAAGAUCAGAAGGCUUCUCUGGCUCUAGCUCCACAUAUUACUCUAGAUUCGAAAAUGGGUCGGGUAGCAUGCCUCCCAACUAAAUUCAUUGAUGAAAUUGCAGCCUUGUCCCAAGAAACAUUCUGAAUGAUUUGUCUUAUAUUGUUGUAUUCAGAAGUACAAGGAAGACACCAGGACAUGGAUUCUUGUUUAUAUUUCCGAUUGGGCCAAUUACUCCCAAUAUCCAUAGAACAUAAUUCCUGAUGUGUACAAUGAUGCAUAUGACAUUUCAUUAGUCUCCUGAUAGGAUGUUUGCCAGCACUAGUAUGU